GUUCUGGUUUUACGGUGGGACGAGUCUCGCGAUAGAAGGAAUCACUUAGCCGCGGAGAAACAUGGCAACGCUGUAUGAAGGAUACACGUUGUGUGGAGUUGGACCAGUGCAAAAUUCCUCUAAUAUAGGGAUUCUGGGAGUUGAACAGGGUAGAGAUAUCGACCAUGUCCUCGUCACUGACUCUUCGAGAUGUAUUACCGUUUACAAGGUGUCUGAUCAGAAGCCUACUGGCAGUUGGUCAGUGAAACAGGGACAGAUAAUCUCUUGCCCCGCUGUGUUUAACACGCAGUCCCAGGAAUAUGUGGUCGUUACAGAUGACAGGGUCGUCAGAGUUUGGAAAGAAGAUGAUGUUAACCUGGAAAAGGCUUUUAAAGCAACAGUAAGUAAAGUUAAAUUUCAUAAGGUUUGA